AUGCCAGGCGGUGGCACCGUGCAGAAGCCUUUGGUCCCGUCCAGCCGUCUGUUUGCCAUCUAUAUUUGGACAGACCCAGUGCCUUCAAGAAAACUACCUAGGUCCAUACCUGCAGGAUCCCCUGUCCAUACAGCUCUCAGUUCCUGUAUUCACUCUAAAGCUCAACGUGAGCUACCUCAAAAUUCAAGCAGCUCCAAUUGCAGCCAGUUUCAUGGCCGGGCUGCAGGUAGGAAGGAUCGAAGUCGUCAGCUGGAACAGCUGAGCUGGGCUCUGCUGGAGGCUCCACCGCACCUCCAGUCCCUUCCGGAGCAGAACAGCUGCCACGUGCUCUGUGAUCUGGGAUCAGGAGGCUGUGGGCCAUCUCCAAACUGGUGCAGGCAGCGCAGCAUCGCAUGCCAUGCAGGCUUUAUUUUGCCAAAUUCUGAGCCGUCAUUUGCUGCCAGCAGUCCCACCUCUUCCAUCCAGGAGCUGGUGACAUUGAUGGAGCUGCAGGUCGGAAGCUGUUCCCUGGAUGAGCUGGGCAGCCUGCAGCCCUCGCCACGCUUUUCCCACCGCGCUGCUGCCCGCCCUGAGGUCUGCUCCAGCACAGGGAGGUCUGGCACUCUUGAACCUGAGGUCAAAAACAAGAGGGAGGAAAAGAAUGGCCUUCAGGCCAGAGGAAGAAACCAGGGCAACCAGGCUCUUAACGUGAUAAAAGGGCUUUAUCUCAAAGCACUUAAACAAAACACACAAGCCUGAGAGAAGAGGCUCUGUCAAGUAUCCGCCGGGGACACGGGGAAAUUGCAAAUCCCCGCAGGACAGAGGGGCUCUUUCUUCACAGUGUGCAGAGCCAGGAGCUGGGGCUGGGCAGGUGAUGGGUGCUGGGGAAGGGAUGCGUGGGGAUUUCCCAUUUGCAGUGGUGCACGGGCACGGGUCAGACUGUGAGCUGUUGGAGAAUAGAUCAAGGGCACGGGGAGCGGGCAGCAGUGCUGGAGAGGGGCAGGAGGGAACGGCAGGUGGGACGUCCAGCAGCAGGUGGACACGGUGCCAUCCCCUGUGUUUGGGGUGUCAGUGUAAAUCAGUGCCACCUCUGUGCUUGGUGGGUGGUUGGGCGCAGUUUGCAGGAGUUGGAUGGGUGCAGUUUGCAGGGUUUGGAGGGGAGGCUUGGUGCUUGCUGGCCCCUUACAGGAUGCUACAGGGAGGAUCGUGCCGUGGAGAGUACUGGGUUUUUCCCAGGUGCCUGGGCAGGGAGCUGCACCAUCCCGGGGUCUCUGGGCUGCAGGUCCCAGCUCCUCCCCAGCCGAUCUGCUUUCCCCAGGGGCUGAGGCAGCUUUGCUUGUGGUGCCUGCUCUGAAGGGUUGGGCUCUUUGCUCCGGCUCAUCUUGUCCCUCAUCCCUUUGGGGCUCAGCCCCGUCCCUCCCCAUUUCUCCCUCACACACCAUGCUUUGUGCCAGCAGUCCCCACCUUUGAAGAGAAGCCCUGCCCUGGCUGUAUGCUGCUCUCCCUCUGGCUCCGUGUUCUUCAGCCUUUCUUUGGGGCACAUCCUCAUCCCUUAUGGGUGUCCACGGUGUCCUUUCCCUGCCGCGGCUCAGUGAGGACCGUGUGGAGCUGCCAGCCAUGAAUUUCCCCCACACUGCUGCCAGGCUGUUAUUGCUGUGUGCUCCCUCCCGACUCCAUCUGUCUGCAUGGUGCUACUGCUCCGUGCCAAGAGGGCUCUGGGACCGCUGGGGUCACGGCUGCCCCAUUACGGGGCGAGAUUUAUCAUUGGCAGGUGUGCUGCGGGAUGGUAUAUUAUCCAGGAUUAUGAACUGUAACAGGAUAAUCUCUCUAAUGUAAUUCAAGCUCUCGACAUGGCUUAUGGCUCCUUAAUGUACCUCAGACUGAAGAAUUACAAGAACAUUUUCCCCCCUCCCUACCUUGUCAGCUCCUAAAUGAUUUAGGCAAUCGCCUGAAGCCAGAUCUUGGCCUCCAGUCAUAACUCAGAGCAGUUCAGUAAAUAUGAUGGGGAA